AUGAAAUGGCUUCUUCUAUUGAAAGUGGGUAUUUCAAACUGAAAUGUUGACGUAUUUACCCUACAUCAUUUUGCAGCCAUAGAGGACACAAAUAAAGAUGACAGUGGGUCGGCCUCGGAAUAACUCAAGUAUGGCAGGAGCUAAUAGUAGUGGCACAAAGUCCAGCAAUGUCAAGGUUGUCGUGAGAGUUAGGCCAGAAAAUGUCGCAGAGAAGGCUGGACCAUUUGAUGUGGUUGUUCGGGACAUGAAUGAACAUGUGUUGGCCUUUGAUCCCAAGGAGAGCAACUCACCUGUGCGUGGAUUCCGCAGGCAACCAAGAGAUAUCCGGAAACGCCGGAAUAAAGAUCUAAAAUUUGCCUUUGACUUUGUCUUUGGACCAUGUGCAACCAAUGCGGAGGUGUACGAGCACACAACAAAGGGGAUCCUGGACGGCCUCCUGGAGGGUUACAACUGUUCAGUGUUUGCCUAUGGGGCUACAGGGGCUGGUAAGACACACACCAUGCUGGGGAGUGAGACCCAUCCCGGGGUCAUGUACCACACAAUGAUUGACUUGUAUGAGAGGAUUGCCAACCUCAAGGAUGAGAAGACAUGUGAUGUGGCCAUCUCCUAUCUUGAGGUGUACAAUGAGCAGAUCCAAGACCUGCUGCUGCCCCGAGGGAGUCUGCCGAUCAGGGAGGAUCCUAAGAGUGGGGUAAUUGUGCCGGGACUGUCGCUGCACAAGCCGAAGAACGCGGAGGAGCUGCUGUACAUGCUCCAGUUUGGCAACAAGAACAGAUCCCAGCACCCAACUGACGCUAACGCAGAGUCAUCACGGUCUCAUGCCGUCUUCCAGGUUUUUGUUCGACAAAAAGAUCGCACAGCCAACAUAUCUACUGAGGUGAAGGUUGCCAAGAUGUGUCUGGUUGACUUGGCAGGGUCGGAGAGAGCAACGGUCACAAAAAAUCGAGGGGCAAGAUUCCGAGAGGGAGCUAACAUCAACAGAUCUCUGCUGGCACUAGGGAAUGUCAUCAACGCUCUCGCUGAGAACAAGAAUAAAGGCCACAUUCCUUACCGAGACAGCAAGUUGACCCGACUCCUGAAAGACUCCCUGGGAGGCAACUGUCGGACUGUCAUGAUUGCAGCAGUCAGUCCUUCCAGCAUGUCGUAUGAGGACACUUACAACACCCUGAAGUACGCCGACAGGGCCAAGCACAUCCGUGCCAUGCUGAAGAAGAACAUCCUAAAUGUUGAUUUCCACGUGUCCCGGUAUGGCCAGAUCGUGGAGGACCUGCGUAAUGAGAUCGGGGAGUUGAAGUCAAGGCUACAGCUGUAUGAUGAAGGGAAGAUUGGGUCGUCACGGCGACAGUCAGCUGUCAAUGAGGAACACAGACUGAGUGCAAUCCUGGAGAACAUCUUCGAGGCUCGGCUGGACGUGCGACGUGAGCAACUACAGGUGGAGUGUGUAUAUCGGGACUUGCUGUGGAAGAUCGGACGCAAACAGAGAUGUCUUCAUCGACUGCGCAUCAUCUCCAGUGCUUCACAGGGCCAGGUGUGUGAACGAGUGGAGCGCAGUCUCAAGUCCCUCCAGGGUAAACUUGAGGCAGUGAGCAAGAAACGAGAUGCAGCUGAAGUGAAGCUGGCUGCCAACCAAGACUGGCUGAACAGAGUCCACUCAGAGAUGUGCCUGGCUGGAGGAGACAACACCAUGCCAGAGCUGCUGUGUGUGAGUCUGAGGAUGCACAACCUGGAGGUGGAGGUGAGGGACAGCAGACAUCACACCAAGCACCUGCAGAAGCUGAUACGCUCCCAGGAGAAGGAGACAACCACCACUGACCAACUGGUGACCAACCUGCUGGCUCUUGUGCGCAAGCAACAUUAUAUACUGAAGGGACACAACCUUGCCACAACUGACCUCUUGGAGGAGUUUGAUGUAAUAUCACAGUCCGUGGAUGGUCGAGAGGUGACGUGGGAUGAUGAGAUGCCCAGCGAUGGCACCAGUGUCCCCAUCAACGACAUCAUCUCACUCCCACUACUCAGAUCGGUGUUAGAUGGAGAUUCUUCUGGCAGUCACCUGAGACAGAGACACACAUCGGGGGACCCAGGGAAGUUGGAACUGGCAAACACUGGAGGGGCCCAGAGGGUGAUGUCUGGCAAGUCCACUGCAGCAGCAGCAGCUGAAUCAGCAGGUCGGGUGGUGGAAGGACAUCCUGGCUCUCUACCUUCACAUCCGAUAACAGAGGGAGACCCCAGCACAGACCCCAGCGUGUCAUCACAGUCUGUCAAUGCUGGUCACACUCCUGCCUGUAAGAAGUUUGCUACUCUACAUACAGAUGGCAGUUCAUCUCUGAAUGCAGAUCAAACAAUUAGUUCACGUCCAUCAGCGGCUGGACAGUGGCAACAACUGAAUGAUACUUUUGCCCGGAACCCGGGUUCAACUGAAGGACAGUCUGUGUCAGGUUCCUCCAUUGCAUCAGCUGAGUCUGUCAGCUCUGACAUCAUUGAUGGAACAUUCACACUGGAAACAUCACAAAUACCCAGCCGUGUGCCUUCAGAUCUGUGUGCUGCAAAAUCAGAAGCCGUUUCUUCUUCUAAACCUAGUCAGGUGUCUAGCUCGCAAUCAUAUGUGCCAAAGAUUGACUUUGAGUAUGUGUGUCAGAGCCCUCUGAGCCGUAGUACUGUGGUCAGGCAGACUGUGGACUCUCUGGACCAGAGCAGCCCCUUCCGGAGGACAUCGUGUCUCCCACGGAAACCCUCCCCUGUCCCCACUCUCUGUGCAUCCCCCAUCCCAGUUCCUCCAUCUGUGCAGGCCUAUCUGAGUUCUCAACCCUCAGAUUCAUCAGAAACUCAGCUUGGUGCUAUUGUACAAACACAGAGCUCAAUGCAGUGCAACACGGUCACAAAGAAUAACCCUUUAAAUCUGAAAGGGUCAAGCACGAUAACAAAAUGUCAGACAAAUCUCCAUGGUUCUGCCACGAUCACCAAAUCCCAGGGUGUUUGUCUCAGUGGUUCCAGCACAGUGACCAAGAGUACGCCAGGCCAACACGAGGACAAGGAAAACAGUGAUCACAGGAAGAACAGUGUGGUCCGGUCCAUCACAUUUGGUGGAGAGUGCCAACAGACACCAGAGAGGCCGGAGAUGAAGAGUUAUGCUGAAGUGCUGAAGACUCCUUCACCUGUCAGACUCCAGCUGAAGACCCUGGACAGCAACACACUGGUGUCAUCCCCAUACCUGCCAACUGCCAGUUGCAGGAGUGUGCCAGGCUACAUCGCCCCCAACAGUGGGGUUUACAAGGCGACCCACAAGUCUGAGGAAACAGCUAGGAACCUCAGUCAGUUUGGUCUGCCCUCAGUGGCCAACCGGUCUGCCCCAAGACCAUCUAAACCAAGCUACAUGAGGCCCACAAAGGCUGCCGCCCAAAGGAGUCGUCAUCUGUUCGGCCGUGUGAAGGAUGAAGCCCCCCAUCCAACCACUGCGCCCCCUCGGAGAGUUGCAGCCCAAGACACCCACACACAGUCCACUACAGCCAACAAGUCACUGUCCCGGAUGAGGAGCAAGUCCAUGUCCAGUCUCGGUGGGCGUGGCAGGUGGCAGCACUAGCAGAGUCACAUCAGAACCCCGACAUCCAUCAACAUUAACUUAUUGCUUAUGUAUCAUUCCCCUUCAUUGUAUCACACCUGUAUCAUGUCACUGUUGUAUGUGUAUCACCUGACUAUCUGUCUCUAUCAUCGUAGAAACAUUUGUAUCAGUAAGGUGAUGGGCAGAUUGCAAUAUCCUGUAGAUGUCACCUCUCAUUCUAUCACGGACCAGGUGCCCAGCUUACCAGGCCUGGUUGUCCCAUCUCUCAUUUCCUGCACUAGUUUAACAGAUACUCAACUACGUCUAUAUAUCUUGCCAGUAGUAUCACCCACACAUUGACAUAUUUACUGGAUGGGAUGUGUGGUCACCUCAGGCAUAACAGCACACCACAAGGUGUGUUAACAUGUCUCAUUUCCACCUGGAGUUGCUCAGACUUCACAGAUCUCUCUACAAAUCUCUUUAGUGGGACAAGUCCAGUUGUAAGAAAUACCUGUUCAUUCCUUGUGUAAAUACUGAUGUAGCACCUUGAGAAUUGGGUGCAGUCAACAACAGAAGUAGUGUGAAUAGCUGCAACACUGUGAAGCAAUAUUCACUCACCCGAAGGCUCUGUGUAGGGUACACCUUGUCUCACACUACAAUGUAGCUAUUUUGAUAAGUUUUGUUUUAUGAAAUGAAAUCAAUCUUUUUUGAGAUUCUGUAUAUAUAUAUGUAUAGUUUAUUGGUGUGAAUGUGUGUAUGAUCUGUGUGAUGAGCUGACUAUGACAAGGUGAAGAUGUGUUGAGGGAAGUAGGUCUGGUAUUUAAUGAAGCAGCUGUUUAUUGUUUACAAGAGUUGCACUGUCAUGUAGACAGUAGUCAUUCAGUUUUCUACAUAUUACUAUUAGCUACAAUUUUUCUGAAGCCAUUGCAUAGCCUUCUGCAGUUUAUUCCACUGUGUACAUAUAAUAGAUCACUCGUGACCUGACUGGCAGGCCGUGUUAUUGUGCAUGCCCUUGCAUGUCAAAUUGUAACCCAUCUCAAGAGUUUGAUGUACUACAAUAUUUCCCUCCUAGCCAAAUGCCUGCCUGCUGUUGCCUUUAAGAAUAAAUACGAAGUAUACAA